AACAUUGUUCUUUUUUCACGGAGACCUGAGAAGUGACGUCAGACUUUGAUUAGCAUACCCCUCUCUAUAUAUUUCAUGCUGGGGCAUUGGCGCGCCGCAGUACUGCAACGUAGAUGAACUAAAGACUUCUAUAUCGAAUCCGUCUAGAAAGACAACCAGUCAUGUCUGACAAACCAAACCUGGAGGAGGUCACCAGUUUCGACAAAAGCAAGCUGAAGAAGACAGAGACUCAGGAGAAAAACCCAUUGCCAUCUAAAGAAACCAUUGAACAGGAGAAGCAGGCGGCCUCGUGAAGACACGAGCUGACAUCAUGCACUGUGCACACUCCCUUCCCUGCAUUGCCUUCUUUUCACACACUUCUUUUAGCAGUCUAACUUUGUAACCAAAAUGUUAAAAAAGAAAAAAAUGAUACAUAAAAAGAGAAAAUCUAAAGCUGCAUCACUGUCGGAUUGGAUGAGCUGACCCCUCUAACAACACCUAGAGUCUGGACCGCAUCCAGUCCAGCGAUGAUUCUGAUUCCAGGAGCUAGUAGCUUGGAUCCAUCUGGCGCCAAUGGUGGCUAUUUUGUGUUGGUUUCAGCUAUUGCCAUAGGACAAGGGGGCGUGGUGACCAGCUCGCAAAGUUAUGGCAUUGUAUUUUUUAUUUAAACUUUUAGGAUAAACUGCACAAUCUUUGUUUAUUUAUGUUGGUAAUGAUUAACACCUUCUUGGUAGGGCUGCUUCAGUGAAAUGCUUUUUUUAUUUGGAAAAGAGGAAGAGAAAAAAGCAAAUCUACAGUCUAGAUGUGAAAACACUUCUAAGAACAGGUGUUGUAUUUUAAUUGAUUGUGCCCUUUUAAUCAAUGUGGAUGUGGGUUUGCUUUAUGUGUUGCACCCAGUAUUGGUUGUCUUAUUGUGUGGCGGUUAUCUUUCAAAAUGAAAAUUGUACGUGAUCGCUUUCAGCUGUUGAACUAUUUUUUUUUCUUGGGUUUUGUAAAAAACAAACUUUAACAACCAUGUUAUAUUGCCACAAACUGUUAUCAAUGAUGGGAAAUUGAAACUGUUGUAAUAAAAAAAAAGUAUCAUCA